AUGCUGGCCCUCCCGGUACUUGGUCGCUUGCUUGGAAACUCGGCGAACCUCUUCCAGGUUGGGGUUCUCCUCGGAACAAUCCCAACACUCCUUGCCGGCGUGGUCUGCUUCUACUGGGCAUAUCAGGUUAUCGUCACGGGUUCCCCAGACUAUCAGAGCCGAAAGCUGGCAGAGAACAUCAAGACAUCCCGCCUGCCGCCAGCGAAGGUGGGACCUGGAAACCCUGGGUUUGUCGAUCGACCCAAGCUCCUGGACGCGGACGCGCUGAGACGAGAAGUGCAGUCUCGCUACAACCCGACGCUGCUCGUACACGGCGAGAGGGGCUCGGGAAAGACGGUAGCAGUUCGCCUGGCGCUCCACUCGAGCGAGUCUGUGGUUCACGUCAAGCUGUGGGGGAAGGACGUGUCCCGCCCGCUUUUCGCUCUGGCCCAGGCAAUCAUCGACACCAGCUCCGUGCAGGUGACGGCCCCGGGGUCAGCGCCGCUUGUUGUGGAGAGUGCGCUGAGAAAUAUCAAGGGGCGCGGCUGGAAACCGGGGGGGGCGUCCGUGCCCAUUGUCGUGGUGGAGCUGGAUAAGAGGUGUUCGGAUACUGACCUGCUGGGUGUGCUGCUGGCAUGCAAGCGCUGGGGUGACGACGAGAACCUGGCCAAGUUUGUGGUCGAAGCGCCUUCCGCGCGAAUUGCUCGAGGGCUGCCGAUAUCGCUGUCGGAUCUACGGGUUGAAGGCGUCAAGAUGCGUCCGCUGGCACCGAGCGAGGCGCAGCAAGUGGCGGUCGGAUGCGUCCCAAUCGCGGCGAGCCGAAAUUGGAAGGGAGGGCGACAGGAAGACCUUGCCAAGUACAUCGUCUCGAAGGUCGGCUUGGGCAUGCUUGACCUCGUGCGUGUUGGGUUCGCCGCCCGAAAUGCUCGAGACCCGUUGGCCCUGCACGCGUCGGUGAAUCGUUUCGCGACGAGAGAGAGCCGGGCGGCCCGUGGCGGGGUGAAGGCGUUCUUGGUCUCCCUUCGCACGGAGCUGGAAAGGAAGGGGGGGGGGUCUGUUCACGGUCCGGGGGAAGAGGAUAUCGAGAGGCGGCUGUGGCGGGCUAUCGAAGGCGCAGCGGCGCGGGCGGAUGGCCGGGGCGGCAAGAAACCGGGACUGGACGAGGUGCUCGAAACUAUCGGGGUCUCGGAGCGCGCGUUCGAGUCGGCGGUUAGGGGGGUAGGGCCGGCGUCUCCUCUCUCGGUAGAUCCGUUCUCGUACAAGGUGUCGAUCCGAUCGUUGUUCUUCAGGAACGCGUUGGAGGCGACAGUGGUGGCGAAGGCGAAAGAGAAGGAGGAGCUGCGAAGCGGAGAUGAGCCCGUGGAAAACGAGAGGGUGGCCGCUGCUGAACCAAGUCUGUGACCAGCCUCAGAAUCAGCCAUAGCCGGUGUGGACGAGGCGGUCGCCGUUUGUACGAGUAUGACAACAACGUUGGGUCACGAAGUGACUCCUUGUAUAGUGUCUAUUUUAUUUUUUACCAAGGUGGCGUCACCCCAGGCUUUGCAUAGAGGGGUGCAAGGAAGUUGUGGUGAUGGCUGCUAUAUGUAGUCCAGGUGUGUCUCGAUAAGCCCGCCAUACGGCUUACAGUGUCCCGGUCGCGUGAUGUUUGCUGGAGUUUUUUUUUUUUUUUUUACUGCCACAGCUCGAUGUGGAACGAUGUCGGUUUUACCCUUACCCUUACCCUUGCCUUCGUAUCGCGAGUGGUUGGUCGCCGUUGCGGGCACGCGCAGUAUGUGUCAGCACGACGCCGCUGUAAGACACGUACACUGAUACAUUGAAUACAGCGUCGAGCGGCAGUGGAAGGGUUGAUGCCAAGUGUGUUUCAGGCGCACGUGCUACAGUAUCUGCCUUAGUACGAUUUCUAUACUCUGGUGUUGUCCGUAUGUAAAUAACCCACACAGAGAUCGUUUGUCUCCGGCAUGAAGAUAGUGUGUCCGCUGCUUGGUGAAGCUGUUGUCACCAUCGCCGUAAGGUUGGCUAUAGAGGGUGCCAGUCGAUGUGUUGGGGAGCGAGACACCGCCCUACAUUCCUAUGCUGGUUGUUCCGGACUCUCAUCGGAUUGGAUGGAUGCGUAUGCCUCUCUACCCUAGCGGUAGCCUGGUGCGUCUCUUUUCCGAGUUCGCCCGUGCAUGUUUCGACAAUUUAUUUUGGUAGGCGCGCGCCUUCCUGGGCAAUGAAGUAUCUCUACAAGUAUCAAAUGCACGCCGGUGUCUUGCAAUGUGUGGUUGGUGGUGAAUGGCUUGUUUUGUUGCGAUGCAUGCUUGAUUGGUUUUGCGUGCAGGACGUACAGCAGUAUGUAUUCCGUCUGUUCGUCUUGCAUGGCAAUGGGAGCGUCUUGACUGACGAGUGUACGUGUACGUCCAUCGGAUGUGUCGCCCGUGUG